AUGGAUCACAUCACCACUUACUUUGAACGGGGAUUGACUUACUCCCAAAUUCACCAUGCUUUAUCCACCAGCCACGGCUACGUCCAAUCAAAAAGAACCCUAGAACGCAAAAUCAAAUCGAUGAACCUCACCCGCAGAACUGACGAUUUGGACAACAAAAAGAUCGACAUUGACACAGUUGUGUCAUGCAUUGAAGAGAUACACCAAACUCCUGAAUGCCGCAAUGCUGGAUACCGGAAGAUGAGACAGCUGCUCCAAACUAAAUAUGGCCUGCACAUCCACACUCUCACAGUGGCCAUGAUAAACCGCACCCUUGACCCAGACGGUGUUCAAAAUCGAGCGAAACGGGUAUUGAAGCGCCGUGUCUUCAAAACCCCCGGACCCAACUUCAUAUGGUCGGCCGACGGACACGACAAGCUCAAGAAGUUUGGGAUAACCAUCUAUGGGUUCAUCAAUGCCUGGAGCCGGAAAAUCUUGGGUCUUUAUGUGCAUGUGACCAACAACGACCCUCGUCACAUUGGAUACUACUACCUCCAGCUGGUCAAACGAGAAGGUGGCAUCCCACGUCGUACCACAACCGACAAGGGCACAGAAACCAUCCAAAUGGCCAGCCACCAAAUCAACCUCACCGAGGAAUUCAACCUCGAGUGCGCAGACCCCAGCCAGUCCCACCUCUUUACCAAGAGCACUCACAAUCAGAAGAUCGAGUGUCUCUGGUCCCAGAUGAUGAAGCAAUACAACUGCGAGUUAAUCAACCACCUUUUCGAAGCGAUCGAGAACGAUUGCUAUGACCCUAAUGACCCGGUUGAGUAUCUCCUCUUCAUAUACUUGUGGGUUCCGCUGCUUCAGAAAGGGCUGGAUGACUGGACAACCAACUAUAACAACUACAAACAAGUCGGUGGGGAGCAAGGUCUUAUUCCGGUGCCGCCAGAAGCUGUCAAAGCCCUUGAACAGGAAUUUUAUCCGGAGGCUGCCGAGAUGAUGGAUACGUCACCCAAAUGGUUCUCAGAAUCUAUCAAGGAGCUGGAGAUUGGGAUGGAUCUGACAAUUCCUGCGGUUGACAUCCACAACGUUUGGGAUACAUUCUCACUACUUCUCCAAUCCAUCCGAGACUAUGAUUCCGCCUGGUUGGCUGACCCCUCAAAUGAGCCAACAGAAACCUUUGCCUUCCGCGCUUCCUGA